CAGUUCUUCCCAGUAGAGCACAAAAACGCUUCUCUGUUGAUAACGCCACUUAUCAUCGUUGUCGUGAAAUCGCACUAACUAACAAAAGUGAUUCAACCCUAAAAAUUUCUUCUUCCCUUUUCCCUUUCCCUCUAUACUUUCCCUCCUCAGACACUCAAAGAAUUUUCAUUUUCCUUCGGUUUUUGCUUGUAUUUUUCUUCCCACUAUCGUUCUUGCAAAUGAAAUGGGAGAUGGAGGUAGACGAGAUUGAAGCCGUCCUCGAGAAAAUCUGGGAUUUGCACGAUAAGCUCAGCGACGCAAUCCACUCCAUUUCUCGAGCUCAUUUCCUCAACUCCAUCAAGAACCUGACCCGGAAAUCCGAUGAAUUUUAUUUCCACCGGAAGAAGAAAUCUGCGGAUGAUGACGCGGUGAACAAAGGCGGGUCGGGUUUUGUGUUCGCGAAGGAGUUCCGGGUCGAUGAAGAUGAGCCUGCUGUUCAGGUGGAAGACCAGCUCGAGUUCUUCCAUACUGUACAAACUCAGCAGCGAGCAGAGAGAGACGCUGCAGUUGCUCGUUUGGAGCAAAGUCGUAUUAUUCUUGCAAUGAGAUUGGCCGAACAUCAAGGUAAGAAGUACAAAGUCAUUGAAGAAGCACAAGCUUUGGUAGGUGAUGUGCGAGAUGCUAGUCGAUUUGUUGCUCCUGAACAUCUCCGUGGUUCAACACCGUCUCCCUCAGGUGAGAGCUUUGUGCCGCUGAAAGGGAAGAGCCCAAAUGCUCUUCUGAACUUCUUCCUUUCUAGCUUUAGUUUUGUUUCCAAAUCCCUCAAAGAGAAUCACACGGUUGGGAUUCUUGGCAAUGCUGCUUUGCUUGCUAUAAGCAUGCUUGCCUUUGCGCAUCUGAAUCAAUCAGGUUCCAAGGAGAAAUACACGUUGGACGUCCCUGGUAUGCAUGAUGCUUCCAUUUUUGGCAGAGAUAACAGGAAAGUUUCUCACACGCACGGUCUAUUUUCUGGUAGUUGUUCAACACACUUGGACGUCAUGUUAGCAAGGGGUUAAAAUUUGGGACAUUUUCUUUGCAAGUCUUUUUCUACAUGUGCAGCCUUUGAUUUUCCAAAAUAACGAGGUGCUGCUGGUUUGAUGUCAAUGAAGAGCUUCUUAAUUAGCCCAUAUUUUGAUAUGAUUUUUCGCCUUUUUUUUGGGUAGAUAUAGAUGAUGAGUGAUUUUUGUUAGUGUUAGGUAAGUGUCAUGGUUUUUCCUCUCUUGUUCCCGUUUAAGUUCCAAUUUUCUUUCACUCUCUGUAGUGAAAGUGGAAUCUUAAGUCUUGAUAUACAUAAAAAUGUCGAUUGUGUAUAGUGCUGAUUCCCGGUUUUGUACUUC